ACAUGACAUUUAACAUUCUAUCAUAAGAAUUGAGGAAAUGAAGUCCAAAUGGUGGAGAAAGGUUUAUUUAACUCAGUUGGAACUAUUUUGGUCUCUUUCAUAGUCCUCCAGUUAAUGUAGGAUCACUGGACUUCCAUGAAUAUAUUUAUUUCUUUUAGCAGGCAUCAGGGCUUCCAUGAAUAAAUUAUCAGAACAAUAUUCAGAAAAUGAUAAACUGCUAUUUCAUUUGAUGACAUCCAUUACAGGACCCUUGCGUCUUUGCCGCUAUAGUUCCACAGCCAAUUCAUAUAUACAAACAGUGAGAAAACCCCAGCUGAGCUACUCUCUCAAUGUAGACGAAGUUUCUUCCAGUCGUAUAUUAGACAGACUCCCAGAUAUCAAAACAGUAAAGAAACUUCAUGCCAAGAUCAUUUUUGAUCCAGGUCUAUGUAACAACACUUCUCUUGCCAUCAAAUUGAUGCGUGCUUAUGCUGCUUGUGGCCAACCGACUGUUACCCGCCAACUGUUCGAUAAAAUACCUGAGAGAAAUGGGGCGGUCUAUAAUGUCAUGAUCAGGAGUUAUGUGAAUAACAAGUACUAUAAAGAUGCGAUUUUUAUUUAUAUAGAUAUGUGUAAGCGACAUGUUAGCCCUGAUAACUAUACGUUUCCGUGUGUUCUUAAAGCUUGUUUUGGUUCCGACAAUUUGAGGGUGGGGCUGCAGAUUCACUGUGCUGUUGGCAAGAGGGGUCUUGAUUCUGACUUAUUUAUUGGUAAUUGUCUAGUGGCUAUGUAUGGGAAAUGUCGGUGUUUAGUGGAGGCUCGCCAGGUUCUUAGUGAAAUGCCCAAACGGGACGUUGUUUCUUGGAAUUCAAUGGUUGUUGGUUAUGCUCAAAAUGGAAGGUUUGAUGAUGCGUUAGAGGUUUGUAAAGAAAUGAACGUGUUAGGUUAUAAGCCAAAUGCAGGAACCAUGGCUAGCCUUUUACCUGCUUUAAGCAAUACUAGCAUUGAGAAUGUCUUGUUCGUCAAAGAUAUUUUCAUGAGUUUGGAUAAAAAGGAUUUGGUUCCAUGGAAUGUGAUGAUAGCUGUACAUGUCAAGAAUUAUAUGCCUAAUGAGGCGGUUGAGCUCUAUUUCCAAAUGGAAACUAGUGGGAUAGAACCUGAUGCUAUAACUCUUGCUAGCAUUCUUCCUGCUUGUGGGGAUCUUUCAGCUGUAUCAUUGGGAAGGAGGAUUCAUGAAUUUAUUGAGACAAAAGGUCUUCGUCCAAAUUUAUCUCUUGAGAACGCAUUAGUUGAUAUGUAUGCCAGGUGUGGAUGUUUGACAGAGGCAAGAAAAAUGUUUGAGGAUAUGAAGUUUCGGGAUAUUGUGUCAUGGACUUCCCUGAUAUCUGCUUAUGGUAAGAGUGGCCAAGGUCGGGAUGGAGUUGCUUUGUUUUCACAAAUGUUGGAGUCUGGUCUUCAACCUGAUUCUAUUGCUUUUGUUUCCAUUCUUUCUGCUUGUAGCCAUGCAGGAUUACUACUUGAAGGAGAACACUAUUACAAGCUAAUGACAGACAAGUACAAGAUUGUUCCUAGGUUAGAACAUUAUGCCUGCAUGGUUGAUUUAAAAGGACGAGCUGGACACAUAAACGAGGCCUUCAAUUUCAUCAAGCAUAUGCCUAUAGAGGCUAAUGAGAGAAUUUGGGGUGCUCUUUUGGGUGCCUGUCGGGUGUACAAUGAUAUGGACAUUGGGCUUGUAGCUGCAGACAAUCUUUUUGAAUUGGCCCCAAAGCAGUCUGGUUAUUAUGUCUUGCUAUCAAAUAUUUAUGCAAAGGCUGGAAGAUGGAAAGAUGUAACGACUGUUAGAUCAAUCAUGAAGGGAAAAGGGAUUAAGAAAAUGCCUGGUGUCAGCAAUGUAGAGCUAAAUAACAUGGUGCACACCUUUCUUGCUGGUGACACGUCUCACCCACAAUCAAAGGAGAUCUAUGAAGAGUUAGACAUACUAAUAGGUAAGAUGAAAGAGGAAGGAUAUGUCCCAGAAAUAGAUUCUGCCCUUCACGACGUUGAGGAGGAAGAGAAAGAAAAUCAUCUAGUAGUUCAUAGUGAGAAGCUGGCUAUUGUCUUUGCAAUUAUGAACACCAGUCAUGGUACACCCAUUAAAAUUACUAAAAAUUUACGCGUGUGUGGAGAUUGCCACAUUGCUGCAAAACUUAUCUCCAAGAUCACCCAACGUCUGAUUGUAGUUAGGGAUACAAAUCGUUAUCAUCACUUUCAAAAUGGAGUUUGCUCAUGUAGUGACUAUUGGUGAAUGGUGACUCUGCCAGGAGUUUCAUACUUGUGCUCGUAUUUCAGUUGCUCAUGUAAGUAGGCUGCAAAGUUCUUAUACUCAUUUUGCUUAGCACAUUACCCUUUUUGGGCUUCAAUCAACAAUUUGUUGGCCCUCUAGCAAGGUUUGCAGGAAGAGUCAGUGGGCACAGAUGACACAGACAACACAAGCAAUUGAAUGGAAAAUUUUGGACAUAAGUUGCUCACACUGUGAGAGGCCUCCUACCAUAAUCUUAUUCGUUAUACAUCAAAUAGUAAAGAGCUCAAUUGAGCCACUUCAGGAGCUGUAACUUCUUUUAUCAGAGAAAAGAAGCCAAAUUUGUAUAAGAAAAUAUAGUCUUCAGUUUCAUGCUCUUAUUGUUGAUUGGCAUAAUAUACCCAAUAACUGUACUAGUUUGCAUAAUCAGCACGCUUUCUUGAUCUGAUCCAA